UCCUUCCGUGUGUUCAUCAGCGUGUUCAUUGCCUGUUCUUUGUUAAGAACAUCAUUGGGUUGAUUGGGGAUUUUAUACAUUCCAUCCACAGCUGAUGGUUUCGCCGUCCGAUUUUUCCCAACUUUUCCCCGGUCUUUUUCUUUUUUACGUGAUUCAUUCAAUCUAUGUAGUAGGUUCACUUUCCCCAACGAGACUGUAAAGGGAUGUGGGCAACCCGAAUGCAGGAUGCCGAAGAUAUAGUAAGCUAGUGAAGGAAAUUCCCCGUCGCACAUGUCACAUCCAGCAAUCGGAUGUCCUUCGUGCACAAUGAGCCAGUUAGUAACGAGCUUUCGGUAGACGAUGUUCCUGGCAGUAACGGUAACGUCAAGGAUCGAUUAUCCUGCGUCGAGUAUGGUGUUAGAGCUGACUGUUUUAGAACUGACUCUUAACUAAUCCUGACAUGCAGCAAGUUUCGUUUCGCGCGAAAACCUUGCCAACCGGAAGAGCAGGAUGGUCCGAACGCGCGGAACAAGUUAGGGAAAUAGAGGAGUGGAAAGUGUCGUUUGUGAAUCCUGCUAAAGAUCAUUUUCUGCACAUUGUUGCACGAACUGUGUGCACACUGGCUGUGUGAGUUUCGUGUAUUACUUCCCCAUUGCAGCUAGUCGUAAGCAUUCUUGGUUCAGUGAUGAUGCGAAAGCCACGUGGUGAAUGAGAACUUGGAUUAAGCUAUAAAACACAAAUGUCACGAUUCGCAAGAGAAUCCUUCGGCGUGAUGUAGCAAAUGUGGCAUUAAAACAAACCAACAGUACCGUUGUCCUGCAAACACCAAUACCAACAAUGUACGUAGCAAUGUCUCAACGGACGUCGGGUGUCAUAAGCCCGGAACUGGCAAAUGUGUAACGGUGAUGGGUCAGUGGUGCGGCUAGUGUCGAAUGGGGCUAGUCGAAUGUUGCUAGUGAACCAGUGCGAACUUUGGCGGGAAGGGCUGCGAUUGUAAUCUUGACAGCUUUUGAAUAAAAGAUGAGACGCUGUUGCGUGCCCACGUGUCGGUUAGAUUGGCGGCGGCCGGGCGCAGGGACUGAUCGCAUGCAGUGAGAUUAUGGCUCUAUCUAGCCGCCAGUAUUAACACUCCAUAACUAUGCGUGUGUUCACGUGCAUAUUUGAACAGUGCGUCUAAAUUAUGUGCGUUUCGUCUGUUUGACGGAACCCGGUGCAGGCGGAAUGGAGUGGAGCUACUACUUCACACGAAUCGCAAAAUUACAUCUAUUUUGCACUUUUCCAAUUUUGCCCUGAGAGCAACUCCCGGGCUAAUACCGGGUGGUGAAACUAGUAACAACAAUCGCCGCCCUGGAAAAUGGAACAAAUAGUAUAACGGAUGUUUUUCGAAGAGCAACACGCAAAGUGCAUUCGGGAGAGAAAAACACAAAAGUUUCAUAUCAAUUUAUUAUCCACAGUGAAUGUCGAGUGAAAUCGAUAGGUUUCUUUUUUUGUGUUGUUAAUCUAUCUUUGUUAGUGCUCCGGAAAAGGAAUGUCCAGCAUCGAUAUAUUUCCUUUUUUCUGCUCUUCUUGAUAGAAGUAAAGUGACGAGAGACACAAAAAAAAACUCAAUAUCACGCUAGUACGCUGCGAAAGGAUUUUCAAUAAACUUGGCAACUAUUGCUAUAUAGUACUUCUUUCACAUCUAAACGCUACACUCAACUCGCAAGAGUUGUGAUGCUGUUCCGGAACAGUAUCGUGAUGCUGAUGAUAGUGAGUGAAAUCAACGCAAGUGUUUUGUUAAAUCAUUAAAUAAUAAAAACCAACGGUUAAAAGAAUGUGAUGUAUUAUUGAAAAAAAAUGCAUUCAAUUACGUUGCAUUUCACACCAUUUGAUGUGGUGUGGAAAGUCGCGCUAGUACACCAACAAAACUAAGUGUGAUCGUGUACUAUUUCGAUUAACGCGCGUGUGGUAGUUGCAUAUGUGUAAGUAAUCGAAGCCUCAGGCAUAUCUGGAGGCGAAGCCAGCUAUAGCCGGCAAAAGCAGCAGAAGCAGCAGUAGCGCAUAAAGCAAGAAACAAAACCAUCAUCAUUCGAUACGAAGCCAAUUCCCGCCAGGAUGGACAUCGAUAUCAUCGACAUCCGGACACUAGGCUACCUUUCCAGUACAAGCACGGUUGUGUCCGCAACGACGAUCGGCAAUCUGACGUCGGUGAAUCAAACCGAUGGUUCGGGGGAUGGUAGUGGGAGAGGUACGGGUGCUAGCAGUGGUACAGGAAUUCCGGGCGGACCUGGAGAGGACAGCGAUGAUGACGAUGUUGAUGUGCUAUCGCCUCUGUCAAUGUCAUUUCUCGGUGUUUUCCUUUCGAUUGUGAUAUUUCUGUCAGUAGCUGGCAAUAUUCUAGUGUGUAUUGCUAUCUACACUGAGCGAAGUUUGCGACGCAUCGGAAAUCUCUUCCUAGCAUCACUAGCCAUCGCGGAUCUAUUCGUUGCCUCGCUUGUGAUGACGUUUGCCGGUGUCAACGACCUUCUAGGUUACUGGAUAUUUGGGGCACAGUUUUGCGACACUUGGGUAGCAUUUGAUGUGAUGUGUUCAACCGCUUCCAUACUAAACCUGUGCGCAAUCUCGCUCGAUCGAUACAUCCACAUCAAGGAUCCGUUACGAUACGGCCGGUGGGUAACGAGACGAGUAGCUAUCGGAACAAUUGCCGUCAUUUGGCUACUUGCGGCACUUGUUUCUUUUGUACCCAUAUCACUCGACCUGCAUCGAGACAAAAGGGACAAAACAGACACAUCGCUCAAAAUCAAUGGCAUCAAGUACGAGACCUGCGCUCUUGAUCUAACACCAACCUACGCUGUUGUAUCUAGUUGUAUAAGUUUCUACGUACCUUGUAUAGUAAUGAUCGGUAUCUAUUGCAGGCUGUACUGCUACGCUCAGAAGCACGUCAAAUCUAUACGUGCCGUUACACGUCCCGGCGAGAUUAGCGAAAAACGCUAUCGCAGUAUACGAAGGCCCAAGAGCAGCAAGAACAAACUCAAACUUCGCCAGCUCGCCCACCACGCGUCAUCGCCGUACCACGUGUCCGAUCACAAGGCGGCGAUCACCGUCGGUGUGAUAAUGGGUGUGUUCCUGAUCUGCUGGGUGCCGUUCUUCUGUGUAAAUAUCAUCGCUGCGUUCUGCAAGACGUGCAUCGGCCAGCAAACGUUCAAGGUGCUGUCCUGGCUCGGGUAUUCCAACUCGGCCUUCAAUCCCAUCAUCUACUCAAUCUUCAACACCGAGUUCAGGGAGGCCUUCAAGCGUAUCCUGACGAGCCGGAGUUCGUGGUGCUGCGGUCAAGAGAUGGGUAACAUCUAUCCGCGAAGCAGCGAUCGGUAUGUAACGGACUAUGCGGCGAAGAAUGUCGUCAUGAACUCGGGACGGUCGUCCGCGGAUCUAGAGCAGGUGUCAGCAAUUUGACCUUACUAAGCAACAUCAACAACCUUAGUAAAAACACUAGAGCCUCCCAAUCCCAUACCUGCAUCAAAGUCAGCUGCAUUCUCAAGAGCUUAACAGUACCAUUUCAACGCAUUUUGCGGUAGUGUCAGUGGUGUAGAAUAUUUGUAACAAAACUCGUAACGCCUGCAGUAAUAUGUUUUGAAGCAUAUCGGCACACCUGCCAGCAACCAACGGCACACGAAAGAUCCUAUGAUCGAUCGUACUGAUCGCAAUACAGAUGAUUGCCAGUAGGCGGCGCUCACGGGUUGUACUUUGCAACGCACACACAAACAAACAAAAAACACGAUCGGUUUAGAUCCAUCGGACACCAACUAAUGCACAAAUACACAGAUUGCACCCCUUGUCAGCUAGGGUUUAGGGAUUUAUGUUCUCGCUGUUGUUGAUGUUGAAAUUGUAGAUGAACCUACCAAACCGUAAAAACCAAACAAACCGAACAAGCAUGAAUCGAAAAGCAUGCAUGUAUGCUGGUGGUGGUGGUGCCGUUUUCUGGGGAAUCCUUUUCGAGCCAAUUGCAAACGGUCCACCGAAGUCCACAGAAGAAAAACCAAAACGUUAAUAAUAAACUCACAUAUCUGCCAAUCUUUUCGAUGCUAGAUACAUUAGUUAGUGCGAUAAGCAGAGAAGAAGGAAGAAAGCGAUCGAAACCAAAUGUGUAGGUAACUUAGAGAUAACUGUAAAGAUAAACUAAUAUUAGUACCCCCGUGAUAGAAACCAUGUUCCCAUACUGUUACUGUUUUGUAUAUUUUAUGCAUUGCAUGUAAGAUGUUUUUAUUUUCCGAUCGGAUCAAUCUCUCUGUAGUGACUACAGUACAGCGCAUGUACCAUGUUCCACUUGUAGCAAAUUCUCGUACAGCGUCCUAGAUGUACCCUUUUGAUGUUGGUGUUAGAAGGGAUCCGCAAAUGUGAAGCCAGGUGUAUGUGUGUGUGUAUGUACAGGACUCAUUCAUCCACUGCAGGAAUGCAAUGAACCAAACG